UCUUGGAUCUCCAAUCUUUUGGUCACCAGCCAUGUGUACUUAACUGCUUGUCCCACCCAGGGACUCCGAUGGAAUAGUAUUCAGCAACAAGAAGGGGUGAAGUACUGCAACAUGAAUAAACGUUGAAAACAUUAUGCUAAGUGAAAGAAGCCAGUCACUAAAGACUCUAUACGCCUCAGAAGUAUAUAAGAUAAACUUUAUCUUUCCAAAUGGAGACAAGUAUGAUGGUGACUGUACAAGAACAUCUUCUGGAAUCUUUGAGAGAAAUGGAAUCGGGAUUCAUACCACCCCUAAUGGGAUUAUUUAUACAGGAAGCUGGAAAGAUGACAAGAUGAAUGGUUUUGGAAGACUUGAACAUUUUUCAGGAGCAGUAUAUGAAGGACAUUUUAAAGACAAUAUGUUUCAUGGAUUGGGGACUUACAUAUUCCCUACUGGGGCCAAGUACACUGGAAAUUUCAAUGAAAAUAGGGUGGAAGGUGAAGGGCAGUAUACUGACACACAAGGACUGGAGUGGUGCGGGAACUUUCAUUUCACUGCGGCUCCCGGCCUGAAGCUGAAGCUGCUCAUGUAGAUCUUCAACAAUGCCCUGGAAUGUGGUAAUUGAAGCGUUUAAUUGUAUGUAGAGCAACUGAAUCUGUCAUCUGAAGUGACUUUAUACAGUACUUCUAUACUUCUCCAACAAAACCAUCACUCGUGUUUUUUCUCAACGUUGCAUUCAUCAUUUUAUAAGUGAUUUAAAAUAAAAUGUCAUUCAAUUGAGGGUUAGUGUGUUUCAUUAAACAAAGUCUGUUUCUAA